CACUUUUGCAAAACAAAAAAGACGAGAAAAAAUACCUAAACCCAAAUCAACAACAAAAAGUGCGUAGGUAAAAUUAACAAAAAAAAUUCGCUGUUAAUGCCCGUGGAUGAUGGAUGAUGUGCCCGUCAAAAUAGUGGAACGCUAUAAACCACCGCCAUUAGUUUACCAAUUGCCACAGAACUUGGCAAACAGAUUAACACAAUACCAGAGCCAUUACUACGAGGAGCAGGAGGGCUAUAAGUAUGACUUUCAGUUGGAGCGCAGUGUGCAUAGUCAAUGCCAGCACUGGCGCCAGAUGCGUCAGCAGCAACAACAAGCGCGUCAUCUGCGACAGCAGCAGCGAAAAGUGGAGCGCCAGCGUGCGCUGGAGGCCAAACAAAAGGAGAUGCUUGGUGCUGUGGAAUAUCCCAAUGCAGCUGACUUAUCCUCGGGCAGCGAUGAUGAGGAAUCACCAACAACAACGGCAAGCCUUACGACAGCAGCAGCAGCAGCAACAACAACAACAAGCGCAGAUACAACGUCAAUUAGCAAUGCUGAGUCACGUGAAAAGCCACAACCAAAGUCAAUAAACUCGUGCAAUUUCUACAAUAUACUGCAGCCCACGAUAUUAAGCAGCGAUGCAAACACAGCACCAACAGUAACUCAACACAAGCGCAAUAGCUCACUAAACUAUGCUGAUUUUGAAUACAAUAUGAACUCGACACCAUUUGACAAUAUUGAACUAAAAACAAUCAAUGAUCUAGAUGUGCUAGCGCAGGUGUUGCAUCAAACGCAGCUAACGCAGCAAGCGUCACAGCCAGUUGAGCAGCAGCAGCUGAAGCAACAACAGUUAACUGAGCCUCUCGCACUGGAGUUGAAUGUAACGACGUUGGCUGAAACCAAAGCGACGCUUGAUAGCGUCAAUUUCCAAGUACACUGUGAUGAACCCCAGGACAUUCCAGCCAUGUAUCCAGCCCCCAUUUAUAGUAAUCCGACGCUGUCGCAAACCUAUCAUGCCAUGGGCUACAAUCAGCACUAUUAUACUCAAGCUUUAGUACCGCAACAGCAGCAGCAACAGCUUUAUCACAAUCACAACUAUCUACAGCAUGCCUAUGCUACGCAAGCGCCACCGGUACCCAAAGCUGUCCUGUGCACACCUGAGUCGGACAGCAAGUCCAAGAGUGUGCCUGAUAUAUUACGUGAGCUUAAAUCGGAAUUGCAGCAGGCGGAGAAGAGACGCGCACGACUUCACAGCCACAAUGAGAAUGUGACAUUGACGCUACCUCAAGAAGAACGGCAGCAGAUGCAGUCUAUCAAUGAUAAUAGCUACCAGGAGUUAGCUGUGCCGGCACAGAAUUUAGCGCAGCGCAUUAGCAGCAUGGGUUUCCCACUGGAUCGCGUGGCGAAAGUGGUUAGUCUAUGCGGCAUUGAUGAUAAGAAGAUAAUCGAGCAUUUGAUUCCACUGGGCGAGCUAAUGGACCUCGGUUUUGAUGAAACAAAAAUCUCGGCAGCGCUUUUGAAAUUUGAUAACAAUAAGGAGAAAGCGUUAGACUAUUUAAUUAAUUAGCUGAAUUUUCUUAUAACUAUAUAUACGCCUGUUCCAGCAAAUUCAUGCGAUCGAUGCGCUGGAUCCACAAUACACUCACAUGCCUCUAAAUGCAAAGA